AUGGAAGUACAGAAAAAAAAGGGUUUUUGGAUUUUGCUCCGGCUAGUUUCUCAACCUCUCGGCGUUGAGGCUCUCCGGAUCGAGAUUCUUCGAACUGGUUCUUAUCUUGCAAUCCUUUCUGGAAUCCUAUCAGUUCGGGUAGCUGGUUCCAAGAAAGUGCUGCUGAUCUCCUCUUAUCCAUGCUGGCAAAGAGCAUGCGUGGAAUCUGUGCUUUGGGUAAUGCACGUUAAGAGCUUUGUUGCUGAUGCACUUGGUGUGGUGACAAUUUGCCUAGUAACUAUUUUGAUUCUCCUUGGGCUAUUCUGCAUCCUGUACUCCUUUUAUUUCCGAAGUCGGAUCAAAGGUCAGGGUUUUAUUCAGCUAGGUUAUUUUAGUGGCCCUUGGAUCAUCCGAAUUCUUUUAAUUGUUUUGGCUUCCUUGUGGGGUCUUGGGGAGAUUUUUCGGCUGAGUUUAUUGAGACGUGACGGCAGACUUAUAAAUGACCUUAAGUUGACAUGGCAAGAACAUUUAUGCAAGAUCUACAUUGUCUCCAAUCUAGGGUUUGCAGAACCUUGCUUGUUUCUCACCCUUGUACUUCUCCUGCGCGCAUCACUACAGAAAUCUGGAACACUGAGUCCAAAAUGGAACUGCAAAACAGCUGCUUAUGUGAUUCUGUUUUGCCUCCCAGUUUUUCUUCUUCAGCUUUUUGUAAUUUUGAUUGGUCCAAAAUUCAGUAAGGAGGAUAGUAUUCUGCACAAAUUGCCGCAUUACUUCACCAGUCCUGCUGCUAGAGCUAAGCAUGAUAGUGGUGUUGCUUUCUGCAGUUAUCCACUAUUGAGUACAAUCGUCCUUGGUCUUUUUAAUACAAUAUUUAUCGGUUAUCAUGUCUUACUUGGAAGGAGAAUUCUACAUUUGGUCAUCAACAAGGCUCUGCAGAAGAGAGUAUACACAUUGAUCUGCUCUGUCGUGUGUCUAGUUCCUUUAAGGGUUAUUUUUCUUGGUUUAUCUGUUCGUUUUGCGCCGGAAGUCCUGCUGUUUGAUACUCUUGCAUUUUUGGCUUUUCUUUCCCUUUGGUGUUGUAUUCUGGUGGGUAUUUGCUUGCUUGUGUAUUUUCCAGUUGCGGAUUCUUUAGCUCUGAGGAAUCUCCAGAAAGAUAUAGAGGCUAGGAGGAGAGUUAGUGACGAGCAGCAAAAUGAUACAGUGUCGCUAAUUGCUAACCAAAGCCCUGUAGAUGAAAGCCUGGUAAGCAGUCCUGGGAGAAAUUCAGCUGCUUCAACCAAACGUGGGUCAAUUUCUUUCCGGACAAUGGAUAAAGAUGCAACUCCAGGGGGAUUUGUGGAACUGAGCCUAUUCUCUCCCAGUAGGCAUGCAACCCCGCCCGGGUCACCUAGACUUGUUGGCUGGCCUAUGCUGCCUCCUUCGCAAAGUCUUGCGCUCUAG